CGUACAGGUAGUGGAUACAGGGGUUCAACACAAUGGGUACAGCGUACAGAUCAAAUCAAGACGAAGAAAGUGACGGGAUAAUACCACGUUCAGUCAAGGAUAUCUUCAAAUACAUCCAGGAUACUACUAGCAAACAGUUUGUUGUCAAGGCUUCCUUUAUAGAACUAUAUAACGAGCAGCUGUUUGAUCUUCUAUCCCAGAAACCACGCAGAGAAGAUUCUAUUGUGGACAUCAGAGAAGAUAGUAAGGGUAUUAAGAUACCAGGACUGACAGAGUCUACAGUGAUGACAGUGAAGGAAACCAUGAUUCUCCUAGAACGAGCCAGUGAAGGAAGGAUAACUGCUGCAACAGCGAUGAACCUUCAAAGUUCAAGGUCCCAUGCUAUAUUCACACUUACUGUGGAGGCGAAGGGUGGAGAGAAUGGCUUCUCUGUUUCCAAGUUUCAUUUCGUUGAUCUGGCAGGUUCAGAGAGACAAAAGAAAACUAAAGCCAAGGGUGACAGAUUGAAAGAAGGAAUAAACAUAAACAUGGGUCUUCUAGCAUUAGGCAAUGUUAUUUCUGCACUAGGCGAGGAAAACAAGGGACCUAGUCAUCAUAUACCCUACAGAGACAGUAAGCUAACUAGACUACUCCAGGAUUCAUUAGGUGGUAAUUCUCACACAAUGAUGAUCGCCUGCUGUUCCCCUGCUGACAGCAAUGUAGAGGAGACCAUAAGUACUCUCAGAUAUGCUGACAGAGCGAGAAAAAUCAAGAAUAAACCAAUCGUUAAUAAGGAUCCUAGGUCUGCAGAGGUAUCCCGACUUCGUGCUCAGGUUCAGAGUCUACAACUUCAGCUUCUACAGUCUGGAGGAGUACAUGAUCCUUCUCAAGGUGAUGAACUGAACAACCUGCGCGAGCAUCUUGAGCGCGUUGAGUCUGAGAAUUCUCAACUUACUUCUGCGCUUCAGAGCGCUAUGGAGGAUAACGCGCACAUGAGCGAAAAACUUCUUCUCAGUGAGCAAGCUCAGGAGUCCCUCAGGACUCGGUUGAGUGAACUAUCAGAGGAGACGGAAGGAGCUCUCAAGGGUUUAGGAGAACUUUCACCAGAGAAAAGAAAACUUAUCAAUCAACUGAAGUGUAAGGUGGAGAGCGUAAGGGAUCAGCAGAAGCAGCACGAGAAGACUAUGAUGGAACACGAGCAUUCAAGAUUCAAUCCUUCAAGGGACGUAAGCAUGAAUAACUCUGAGAAUGAUGAGAAUGGGGAGGGAGAGAAGGAAGAUGGACAACAG